AUGACUCCGAAAGGAUGGAUCGCCCUAGUGAUCGUUACUCUGACCAUGGAGUCCACCAAAUCUCUGAAUACGGCGGACUACAUCGUAUCCGUGAUCGAACAUCUGGCCGAAACUGACUACGGAGUCCCACACUGUGUGUUUUACGGAACUUCGGACAAGUAUCCACUCAACGGUACCUUGGAGAUGGUUCUACAAUCCACAAGACUUGAAUCUGUCACGAAGACGGUGAUCACCGAUGGAACCUUGAGCAUGCAAACAUUCGAACUACCUCCAGAUCCUACCCUGAUCAUCAUGGAUGGUACCGUAAUCUCAAAACAAACUCCUCCCUUCUUGAUGAAGUUCAAACCCAGCACCCGAGUGAUCAUGCUGUACCCCCAAGCAGUUCGGGUAGCGGAGUACGAGAUGUAUCUGACCUACCUCGCGUACUACAACGUGGUACACCUUGAUGAGUUUAACCAAAGGACUGUCGUAGUAGACAUCGUGGAGCGAGCGGUUCUGAAGCAACUCCCGCGUCCGGAUCGCCUGUUCAAACAUACGUUCAAGCGUAACAUGCGCGGAAGACCCAUCCGAUAUUGCAACAUAUUCACUCUGCCAAAGAGGCACAUUUGGGUGCGGUGGGUCAAGGAUACGGCGACCUUUAUAAACACGACCAUACAAGAGGUGCUCAAUACCUGUACGGACGGGGUGCUAAACCUUUGCUACAAGGAACAUUUGAGGAAGGCGAACGUUGACGUGAGUCUGACCGAGCACAUAUCGCCGCAGAUCAUCCCCAACCACUUCGGAAUCCUGCAGACCAACGUCCUGCUCGAUCGAGUUCUUCUGGCGCCGCGAUCGCCGCUUCAAAUGGUUCAACUGCUUACGCUGCCCUUCAGCUGGCACGUUUGGACCGCUCUGAUACUACUGUUGAUCUCGGUGGAGGUGAUUCACCUGGCGGUUCCGAAGACGUUCCGUAACGAACCGAUCCUGAUGGUCGUCUGUGGCUUCGAAAGGUACGAUCUUCACAAAGCCGAUCGUAUUGAGAAGAUGGCGUUGUUUUCGUUGAUCGUGCUGUUGUUCUUCAUGUCGCGUGCCUACGAAACGAGACUUCUUUCGAUGAUGGUCAGUCGUCCGGCGACCAGGGAUUUCAAUACCGUUCAAGAUUUGGUAGAGUCCGGAGUCAUGAUCAGACACGACCUCCAAACGGGUACCGCAAUCCUGGACGAUCACAACCUUAAAUCGCUAGUAGUCAACAGCACUAAAAAUUCCGUCCUAGACAUGGACGGAGUUCACGCUUACAUGACCGAACGAUUCCUGGCCAACCUGGUCCUCCCAAAGUACUACGAUCCGGAGCAGCGCAUGAACCGCUACCACAUCAUGGACGAAUCCGUGGGAAUCGCCCACGUUGGGUUCUUUCUGCGCGUUCGGAGUCCGCUGGUGGACGUGCUCGGACACACGAUGACUGUGCUGCUCGAAAGCGGAAUCCACGGACAUCUAAGCGUGGCCAGUGCGACGUUCAAGAUUGAAAAGGACAUCGCUGGGUAUCAGCGUUUGAGCACCGGGGACGAUUCGUUGUACUUUGAGGAUCUUUUCCCUGCCUGGAUGACACUGCUGGUUGGAUUAGCCGUUGGACUCGCUGGCUUCGUUGGAGAAAUUGCAGUGUGCAAAGCCUGUCAUUACAUCGAUUCUUUGCAGCGUGAUUCACCAGUUGCUGCGCAACAAUGA